GGCCAGUCAAAAUGCAUUGGCAGUGUGCUCAGAUUGGACGGAUAUUGUUGUAGAGCGAUACGAUAUCAUGCCUGCGACCCGAUUGGAGGAGAGAAGUGAAACUGUACAGCAAACGGCCCAAGGCUGUAACAACGCCAAAGGAAAAGGCAGCUCUGCCGGGACAACAUUGUCAAUCAGCCGAAUUCUGAUGUCACUAUGAAUCACAUGUUCACUAUUUCGGACAAUGAAUCAGAGAACUCUGAUGAUGCAGCAGAAGCUGACCAAUCAAAGGGCAAACCAGGAGACGAAGUCACCUUGCCAGACAUCACCCUGUCAGCGCCGGCACACGACCGACUGAGGAUGUACUCGGAUUCCCAAGCUUCCACGGGGAGCCAAGCGGAAGACGGCGACUUGCCCGGAGGAGCCGUGUUCGAUGAGGGCGGAGGGGCCGCCGAGACGCCGCCAAUACGCGGACGCUCGCGGUCGGCACCGCCUCAGCUGUGGGCGGCAAUGCGAUACGGACGGCAGCUGAGGCGCAUGAGCGACGAGUUCGACACCUUGAUGGACAAAGGGGAGAUGAAGAAAUUGCAGAAAGCAGCGGCCUCUAAGUGGAUGCGUCCCUCCCUCAGCUGGUUUGCUUUCUGGAGACGCAGGGACUCUGACACCGAUGUAAACAGCAACGGCUCUGGAACGGACAGGUCUGCAGACUAAUGGAGGGAAGGGAGGAAGAGUGGGAGGAAGAGAGCAGCGGGAGGGACUGCUCAAAGUUACCAAAAACCAGGGCAGAGACUGCAACUCAGGACCAGCUUAUUUAGAGCACAGGAGAAUGGGGGUGGGAAGGUGGGGGGGGGGGGGUGUUUUACCAGCACUCCGACCCCCAGGUUGACAAAUGACUGUUCCUUAAGUAAACGCUAUGCAAAAAAUAAUAGGAAAAAAAAA